GGGCCUCUGGGUAUCUCGCUGCCGGUCGGCUGGCGACCCCCCAGCGGAGGGACCGGGCCGAGCCCGCGGACCCCUCCGAGUGUCUCCUGGGGCCCAGCCGUUGGGACCCCAUUUCCCCCGGGUCCGGUAUUUGGGGUGGUCUCAGUCUGCCCCGGUUCAUCUCCGCCGUCUCACCUCCACCCCAUCUUGGGACGUGAAACUUUUUGAAAGUUUAAAGCGAACUUACUGUAGGACCAACUUGCUUCCAGAUUGCUUACAGCUGGAGAGACAAUACCAUCAUGAAGACGGCAGAUAACCCAUGAUGAAGUGCUAAGUUGUUUGCUAUGGUAGUAGCUGGAAUUCAGAGGGGAGAGACUUAUGGCUACCAGAUCCAAGAUAGGUUCUGUGAACAAGUUAUUUCUAGGCAUGUCUUACCUUCCUAACUAGACCUUUAUGUUUCUUGAGACCAAAGCCUGUGAAGGAUGAGUCUGCUUCUUUCACUGUGCCUAAUACAAUCCCUUGCACAUGCUCUCACGUGUGAAUAUGUGUCUAGUGCAUCCUUAACCUAAGGACUUCACCAGUUCGAAAUUACAGUUUUCACCAUCAACUACCUUAUCCUUUUUGGUCUGGUUUUCUUCCUCAAACACUGGAAACAUUUUUAAAGUUGCUUUUGUUGCACAGUUAAACAAAUGGCUGAUAGUGGCUUAGAUAAAAAAUCCACAAAAUGCCCCGACUGUUCAUCUGCUCCUCAGAAAGAUGUACUUUGUUCCAGCAAAACAAGGGCUCCUCCAGUUUUGGUGGUGGAAAUGUCACAGACAUCAAGCAUUGGUAGUGCAGAAUCUUUAAUUUCACUGGAGAGAAGAAAAGAAAAAAAUAUCAACAGAGAUAUAACCUCUGGGAAAGAUUUGCCCUCAAGAACCUCAAAUGUAGAGAGAAAAGCAUCUCAACAACAGUGGGGUCGGGGCAACUUUACAGAAGGAAAAGUUCCUCACAUAAGGAUUGAGAAUGGAGCUGCUAUUGAGGAAAUCUAUACCUUUGGAAGAAUAUUGGGAAAAGGGAGCUUUGGAAUGGUCAUUGAAGCGACGGACAGGGAAACAGAAACGAAGUGGGCAAUUAAAAAAGUGAACAAAGAAAAGGCUGGAAGCUCUGCUGUGAAGUUACUUGAACGAGAAGUGAACAUUCUGAAAAGUGUAAAACAUGAACACAUCAUACAUCUGGAACAAGUAUUUGAAACGCCAAAGAAAAUGUACCUUGUGAUGGAGCUUUGUGAGGAUGGAGAACUCAAAGAAAUUCUGGAUAGGAAAGGGCAUUUCUCAGAGAAUGAGACAAGGUGGAUCAUUCAAAGUCUCGCAUCAGCUAUAGCAUAUCUUCACAAUAAUGAUAUUGUACAUAGAGAUCUGAAACUGGAAAAUAUAAUGGUUAAAAGCAGCCUUAUUGAUGAUAACAAUGAAAUAAACUUAAACAUAAAGGUGACUGAUUUUGGCUUAGCGGUGAAGAAGCAAAGUAGGAGUGAAGCCAUGCUGCAGGCCACAUGUGGGACUCCUAUCUAUAUGGCCCCUGAAGUUAUCAAUGCCCACGACUAUAGCCAGCAGUGUGACAUUUGGAGCAUAGGCGUCAUAAUGUACAUGUUAUUAUGUGGAGAACCACCCUUUUUGGCAAGCUCAGAAGAGAAGCUUUUUGAGUUAAUAAGAAAAGGAGAACUACAUUUUGAAAAUCCAGUCUGGAAUUCCAUAAGUGACUGUGCUAAAAGUGUUUUGAAACAACUUAUGAAAGUAGAUCCUGCUCACAGAAUCACAGCUAAGGAACUACUAGAUAACCAGUGGUUAACAGGCAAUAAACUUUCUUCGGUGAGACCAACCAAUGUAUUAGAGAUGAUGAAGGAAUGGAAAAAUAACCCAGAAAGUGAUGAGGAAAACACAACAGAAGAGAAGAAUAAUCUGUCCACUGAAGAAAAGUUGAAAAGUUACCAACCCUGGGGAAAUGUCCGUGAUGCCAAUUACACUUCAGAUGAAGAGGAGGAAAAACAGUCUACUGCUUAUGAAAAGCAAUUUCCUGCGAUCAGUAAGGACAACUUUGACAUGUGCAGUUCAAGUUUCACAUCUAGCAAACUCCUUCCAGCUGAAAUCAAGGGAGAAAUGGAGAAAACCCCUGUGACUCCAAGCCAAGGAACAGCAACCAAGUACCCUGCUAAAUCCGGGGCCCUGUCCAGAACCAAAAAGAAACUCUAAGGUUCCCUCCAGUGCUGGACAGUACAAAAACAAAGCUGCUCUUGUUAGCACUUUGAUGAAGGGGUAGGGGGGGAAGCGGACAGCCCUAUGCUGAGCUUGUAGCCUUUUAGCUCCACAGAGCCCCACCAUGUGUUUGCACCAGCUUAAAAUUGAAGCUACUUAUCUCCAAAGCAGCAUAAGCUGCACGUGGCAUUAAAGGACAGCCACCAGUAGGCUUGGCAGUGGGCUGCAGUGGAAAUCAACUCAAGAUGUACACGAAGGUUUUUUAGGGGGGCAGAUACCCACAAUUCAAGGCUGUGGGCACACUUGCUCAUUUUUACUUCAAAUUCUUAUGUUUAGGCACAACUAUUUAUAGGGGAAAACAAGAGGCCAAAUAUGGUAAUGGAGGUUCCAAAUAAUUAUGUGCACUUUGCACUAGAAGACUUUGUUAGAAAAUUACUAAUAAACUUGCCAUAGGUAUUACAGCAGAAGUGCUUCAGUCAUUCACAUGUGUUCGUGAGAUUUUAGGUUGCUAUAGAUUGUUUAACACAGCUUAUUUUAAACGUAGAAAAAUAGGAGAUUUUGUAACUGCUUGCCAUUAACUUGCUGCUAAAUUCCCAAUGUAUUGAUUAAAUCAAUAAAAAACAGAUGUUACUCAG